AGCGCUGAACAAGUUCCUCUGAUCCGAAGGAGGGGAUCCAGCCUGCUGGUCGGCGUGUGUUUUUUUUUAUGAUUAUUUCAAUUGCUAUGCAAUGACAUUUGCAUGAAACUCUGGAGUUAUCAUCCCAUUCCCGGACGGAUUGAUCUGCUUUAUCACCAUUGGGGGGAUUCUAUUGGUUUCGAGCAUCUGUCAGACCUUCAGAGCUUCAAUCUGUGCGAUUUCUCCCUGUAGCAGCGAUUUUAGCGCUCUCCCUGUUCAUCAUGGAUGUUCUACCCAUGUGCAGCAUUUUCCAGGAGCUUCAGAUUGUGCAUGACACUGGCUAUUUCUCUGCUUUGCCUUCCCUGGAAGAAUAUUGGCAACAGACAUGUCUUGAGUUGGAACGGUACCUGCAAAGUGAACCGUGCUAUGUGUCUGCGGCUGAAUUUAAAUUCGAUCGAGAAGAGGAACUUUGGACCAAAUUUAUCUUCGCGUGUGAAAAAAAAGAGGAACCCGACCAGAACAUCAGUUGUGUUUCUCCAGAGGACAUUAGUGACUCCCAGAAUUCAGAAACUAACAGCUUGAACUCUGAUGUCAGCAGCGAGUCUUCGGAUAGUUCUGAAGAACUUUCACCUACUUCAAAAUUUACCUCAGAUACUAUAAGCGAUGUACUAGCCACCAAUGGAACUCUUAGUUCUUCUGUUACUUCAACUCCUCCAUCUUCUCCAGAGCAGAGCAAAGACCCAUCUUGUCACUUGUGGAAUGCAGUUACUGGGGAGCUACAUUCACCCGGGAAGGUGCGAUGUGGUUCCUUUGGAAAGACUCUAGAACACGGUAGCCCAACGGGUGGAGAAAGCUCACCGGACGGCAGGAAACGUAUCCAUAAGUGUCUUUUCAAUGGCUGCAAGAAAGUUUACACCAAGAGUUCUCACUUGAAAGCACACCAGCGCACUCACACAGGAGAAAAGCCUUACAGAUGCUCAUGGGAAGGUUGUGAGUGGCGUUUUGCAAGGAGUGACGAAUUAACCAGACACUUCCGUAAACACACCGGUGCCAAACCAUUUAAGUGCUCACACUGUGACAGGUGUUUUUCCAGGUCAGAUCACCUGGCCCUUCACAUGAAGAGGCACAUCUGAAUGAAUGAGAGGGAGUCCUGAAUAAGCAACUUCAAGGUUGAACUGCCUUGUGCGAGGGAUGCGUGUUCCAGCCAAAGCAUGCCAAUUUGCACCCUAACCAGUUGCCUUCAAGACCUCACUUCUUCGAGGGGCUUUGUAGGGCUUAUCAGUCGUGUAAGAUGCGGCAUAGCUACCAUACAGUGCGUUGUCUGCUGGACCCACGCACUAAGUGGUGCUUUAUCUUCUGAUUGGCUUGUCUAAGCCUACGCCGUGAGCUUGUGCACUGAGAAUGUCAAUGACUGGGUGACUGAAUGUUGAUGAGGAGCCAAUGUCUGUAUGCAGAGGAUUUUAUUUGUUGUUUGUUUAAUUUCUUAUGGCUGAGUUUCAGUUGUGAGGGUUUAGAAAGAGAAAACUUGGUUUGAAUGUUUUUUUUUUGUUUUUUUUGUAUGCUGUGGCAUACUCUAAUGGGACAACCAUCAAUCAUUGCCUGAGGGGUCUUGAACCUACUGAGUGGAGGAAGAAAAAAAUUUAAAGGGGAAGUGACCCUGAAAGGAGAUGAUCCCUUUCCUGUGUGAGAGGAGCUUUCGUUGUCUGGUGCAGCUAUUAAACGUGCAAUGUGUCAAGUAGCUUGUUUUUUUUACAUGCUACAAAAGAUUGUUUGUAAUCCAUUGUAUAAGCUGUGUAUUCAUAAUUAUAACACAACUAUAACUUUUCAGUAUAAUAGAAAGAUAUUGCAUGGUUCAGGGGAACUGUACGCUUUUCCAUUCUCUAAUCGGCCUGCAGGUUUGAUUCCAGUUGAGAGCAGCUAAAAUACAAUUGGUCUGGUGUUGCGUAACUACAUAUGGAACCUUUGGUAAAAGUAAAAAAUAAAAAAAAUACAAAUAAGUGGAAAGAACCACUAGCUUAAACUGAUUUUAUCAUGCAGCUAAUUUUCUAUUAUUUAUGCCUUCAGGACUAAUUUCUGGUUUUCUAGCUGUUGAUGCACUGUUGACCUUAAUAAUGGUGCCUUAUGCAAGUGGCCUUCUGUAAGAGGGUCUGAUACAGGGGUUUAACCGUUUAUUUCCCAGGGGAGCCAGGAGCCUAUUGCAAGGCAAUGAGUUGCUGGACAUUCUGGCACCAAAAGGGUUGAGAUCUAUAAGCUUAUUUAAGGCUCUGUUGUCACCAGGGAGUGUUAAAAUAAAUAAAAUGUCCACAAUUGGCUAACACGGACACAAAAAAAGUAACAUUUUAGUAAAGAAUUCUUUUGUUUAUCCCGCUUUUCAAAAUCAGACUAUUGCUUUAAAUUUUUCUCUUAAAUACAUGGAACUUGCACAAAUGUAUCUGUAUUAUUCAUCCAUGCACUUAAUGUAAAAAAAAACAACAAAUAUUUCCCAAGGUACAGAGAAUUGUGUUUGUGAAAUGUUUUUUUCCCACUUUUGUAUAGUCGGGCUUGACGUCACCAAAGCAAAAGAUCACAUGGGUGACUUUCCCCUCCUCCAUAUUCUUUAUGGUACACCCGUUACUCCAAACAUGAACACAUCUUGUUGCUUUUAAGAGAAUUAACCUUACUGUAGGGUGUAUGGUAAUUGGAAGCUUUUGUUGCCUCCAGUCACCAAGUGUUAAGAAAUGUAUAAAAAGUAGGGAUGCACCGAAUCCAGGAUUCAGCCGAAUCCUUCUGCCUGGCCGAACCAAAUCCUAAUUUGCAUAUGCAAAUUAUGGGUAGGGAGGGAAACCGCGUGACUUUUUGUCACAAGACAAGGAAGUAAAAAAAUGUUUCCCCCUUCCCACUCCUAAUUUGCAUAUGCAAAUUAGGUUUUGGUUCAGUAUUCGGCCAAAUCUUUCGCAAAGGAUUUGGGGGUUCGGCCGAAUCCAAAAUAGUGUAUUCGGUUCAUCCCUAAUAAAAAGUUAUAAUGAUUUAUAUAUAUAUAUUUUUGUAUGCUUUAUUUAAUGUUUAAAUUGUUUCCUGUUAUUGAAGGGAAAAAUAAAAUAAAAACAGAUCUAUAUUAUGACCAA